UUCAACCGUUCGCAGCUUUCGACUCGGGGAGAGAGGGGAGGGGAUAUCAUGGCUGACAGAUUGGAGAGAGACGAUGACUCCAAUUUUUCACUCGGAGACAGCUGGCUGUCGCUGUGUCGAGCGGAGAGAAAGGGGGACAGAGCGACUACAGAGCAGGGAGACACAGGGACUGCAUUUCAGCUUUGACUCGGGAAGAGAGGGGAAGGGGACAUCACGGCUGACGAAUUUGAGAGAGACAGUGGCUCCCAUUUUUGAGUCGGAGACAGCUGGGUGUCGCUGUGGCGAGGGAAGAGGAAGGGGACAGAGGGAGUGGUGAGGAUGGAAACAAAAAGACUGACAGAUUGGAGAGAGAUGGGAGCUACGGGUUUGGUGCCAGGGUCUAUAGGAUUUUCUGCGAUUUUAGACAGAGGAAUGAACAAAGAGAGAUAUACAGAACGGAAAGAAUGCGUGUGUGCAUUGUUUAGGGUUCAGAGGUUACGCACAGAGUCGGUGAGGACGGGAUGGGUGAGGGAGGAAUGGCAGGGUGUGGGUUUUCAGCUUUCUCCCUUGAUUCAAAAGAUCCAACAUAACCAUACAGAUCAAACCAUCCAUUCACACAGGAGCCACAAAACAGACCAUUAGUGAGAAACAGAGUCUCAUCCGCUCGAAUCUCGAUUUCCUAGCAGCAGGCAUGAGACUACACAAACAAAGAAAAGAUAACAUAGUUGUAAAGCUUAGGCUCCAAUCAGCUUUGCUAGGAUCUCUGUUUCACCGAUGUGUGAUUAGUGAAAGUUGGAUCGUUAGCCGAAAAACUUGCCCCUUUGACUUCUGAGGAACCCUGAUUCUGGGAGGAAAAAUACACUGCAUUGCCAUCUUUAGGUUCACGUACAAGCUAAAGUUCCAUAAGGAGGUGCAAGCAGAAGAAGAAUUGGCAUCACCCUUCAGUUUUUCAACCAAAAGGAGUUUAGAUCAACGUGUUAUUGCAACGUUGUGAUCUACUCUUCUUGCUGCCUUUCAUCUAGGGAUCCGCACCUAUUGCAUCUGAAUCAAGGCUUUGUUUAGAUUGUGCUCACAUUGUUCAAUCAUAAUCUGCUCUUGCUACUGCCUUUAAUCAAGGGGUUCCGAACCAUUACGUUUCAAUCAACCCUUUGAUUAACGGAGGAGCAAGCAAUUUGUUUUCUGACGCCAUACCAGCCAGCAAACAAACUCCACAUCAGGGUAUGCAGAAUAUGGGUCACGAAAAGCAUUGGAGAUAAUCCUCAACCUAUAAGUCUUGAUUGCGUCUUCGUUGAUAAGGAUAGAGAUGCGGUUCGCGGAACCAUCAACGGUCGAGACAUCCAAUUUUUUUUGGACCAUCUAAGUGUCGGCAAUGCAUAUGAAAUCAACAAAUUUCGUGUCAUUCACAACAAGAGAUCGAGCAAGGUUGUCCCUCAUGCAGCUAUCAUUGAAUUGAAUAGGAAAACCACAAUCGUUCCUAUUCACAAAACAAGUCAAGAACUCCCAAUGCACUGGUUCAAUUUAAUUGAGCUUAAUCAACUUCAUCAGAGAAUCGACAACGAUGUUGAGCUUACAGAUGUGUUUGGUUGCCUAACGGCUGUGCAGCCAACUGAAGAAAUCACUAUCCAGAACACAAGAGUUGCAAAGAAGAGAAAUCUAAACUUGCAAAACAUUAGAGACGAAACAGUGAGAAUAACCUUAUGGGGAGAGACUGCAACAGGUUUUGAGACCAGUGGAAUACAAGCACUUUUGCCACCCGUAUUUUGUGCUUUCACAAGCCUGAAAGUAAAACAAUACCAAGGAAAACCUGUUCUCGGAAGCACAGGAUCAACCGUUUGUGUUUUCAAUCCAGAGAUUCCACAACUCUCUGAAUACAAACACAAGUUUAAGCAUAGCAUAUCACCUCUUCAAAUCCUGCCCACCUCAGCUGAGAUGUAUACGGGCCGUGCAGUCAGUGCUACUACUAAGUCAAAAACAAUUGACGAAUUGCUUUUACUUGAUCCUGCCUUGCACAAGAAUGCAAGUUUCGUAUGCCAAGCAACUAUUGUUGAAUUCGAUUUGACUAAGGGCUGGUGGUACAAAUCAUGCCUGUCUUGCCAUAAAGUUGUCAAGAAAAACUCUGAAUCGUUUGAGUGCAAUGAACAUGGGUUCAUAAACAGAUUACCCGAACCAUGGUUCAAAAUAGAUCUUAUUGUGGAAGAUAGCACAAAUCAGCACAACUUCCUCAUGAUAGGAAGACAUGCCGAAAAAAUACUUCGUGUUUCUUGCCACACUCUGGUGAUUGAGGAUGGACAUGAGGAUCCUUUCAUACUUCCACCAGCUCUAAAAAAUUUGGUCGGCACAACAAAACAAUUUCAGCUCUCUUUUGGAAAUCAAAACACUGACUUUGGAAAGACAGACUUCAUAGUUCAUGGACUACUCCAAGAUCAACCGCUUUCGAGCCCAACAAUUGCCUUGGUCACACCAAAAACACCUACUCCCUCCGUAGGAAUACAUAUUAUGACUCAAGCGACCCCCAGCCUAGUGAUGCCUUCUCACCGACCAAAUCAACAACCCCAGUUAGUUGCACCCACAAAGACUUCAAAAAGAGCAUUGUUUCCUAAUGAACCGGACAAAUCUAACAGCAAAAAACCUCGUGGCGACCAAACAGACACAACCAAUUCUGCUAGAAUUGCUAAAGAAUUCCACAAUCUGGUUGUCCCCAAAAUUGAACCAGUAGACAAAGUGCCGAUAGCCACACUCAGAACAAAAUCUCAAACCAAAAAAACCAAAGAUAGUGCGGAAGAUGUCCACUCUCAGAAAAAGUUAACACCACAAUCUCCGUGAUCGACUGCAGCAAGGCUUUCUACAUCUUUUUGCCUUUCAACAUUUUAGCUUAAGGACUUGGCUGCUUCAACAACAACGAAACACUCUUUUUGUUUUUUGGUAACUACUGAAACAGAUAACCAACCUACAAGACAUAUUUUGCCAUCUUAAAUGUAAUGGCAAAAUAUGUGUGGACAACAUGUUACUCCUGUUUCUUAAGGAAACAAACGUCUUCCAUAGUUUUUACUUUGCGCGUUUGUGCUUCAAAACUAUGAUGCUAGAAUAAGAACAAAACAGUUUUUAUAUGUUUUGUCAACUGCUCAAACAUGUGCCUAACUUAAAUGACAUCUAUUUUGCCACCUUUACUACAGGGCCGACAUUUGUGUAAACUACAUGUUACUUCUGUUUAUUAAGGAACCAAAACGUUUAGUUU